CUUUAGAAGAUUUCUUUAAAUUCUGAGUUUCCAAAUGAAGAAAGAUGAUACAAUCAACAAUGGGACACAAACAAAGCGUUGACUCUAGAGGCAAAGGCCGAAAAGUUCCCGGUUCUUCGUCGAUGGUGCAAAAACAUAGAGUUGAAUCUAGCGGAGGAGCUAUCAUCUCCGGACCGUCACUGUUCGAUAACUUACCGGAGGAUUGCAUCUCCAACAUCAUCUCUUUCACGAGUCCUCGUGACGCUUGCGUUGCAGCUUCGGUUUCGAAAACCUUUGAAUCGGCUGUUAAUUCCGAUAGCGUAUGGGACAAGUUUCUUCCAUCGGAUUAUUCAUCUCUAGUUCCUCCAUCUCGAGUUUUCUCAUCGAAGAAGGAGCUCUAUUUCGCUAUAUGCGACAAUCCUGUUCUAGUCGAAGAUGGCGGAAAGAGCUUCUGGUUAGAGAAAGAGAAUGGGAAAAAGUGUUUCAUGUUAUCUCCGAAGAAAUCUAUGUGGAUCACAUGGGUUAGUACUCCUCAGUAUUGGCGAUGGAUUUCGAUUCCUGAAGCUAGGUUUGAAGAAGUACCAGAGCUGCUCAAUGUGUGUUGGUUUGAGGUCCGAGGGGGAAUGAAUACUAAAGAACUAUCUCCUGGAACCCGUUACUCGGCUUACAUUGUGUUCAAGACAAAGAAUGGAUGUCCUAAUUUGGGGGAUGUGCCAGUAGAAGCUACUGUUGGAUUGGUGGGACAAGAAUCUUCUCAAAGACACAUAUACUUUGUUGGGCCUUCGGAUCAAAGGAGAGACAGAGAAACGAGAGAUGUAACGAGACCAACUAAAAGAAAAGAUGGUUGGAUGGAAGCUGAGCUUGGUCAAUUCUUCAAUGAGUCAGGUUGUGAUGUUGUUGACACAAGUAUUCUUGAGAUUAAGACUCCUUAUUGGAAGCGCGGUUUGAUCAUUCAAGGAAUCGAAUUCCGUCCCACCAAAAGCCUGUUCUAUAUAUAAUCAAGUGAAAAACUUUGUUGUAUGGGUAACACUACCUGUUUUUAGUUUUUGGAUAUUGCACUGUGUUUGAUUUGGAUGUUCAUUAUAUAAGCAAGUGAAAAACUUUGUUGUAUGGGUAACACUACCUGUUUUUAAUUUUUGGAUAUUGCACUGUUUGAUUUGGAUGUUCAU